GCAAGAGGUACAGCUAUUAAUCGACAAUCCGGAAGGACGGGACUUUGAAAUUAAGGAUAUAAUUUCCGACGAAAUGGUGGCAGAAGUCAAGGCGGAGAUGGAAUCAUUUGGAUUGGAGGGUCUGGACGAGUGGGAGAACAGGUGGAAGACAGAAUAUAAGCAUCGUUUAGCAAUCAGCGGCUUUUUGAAGGACAAAGCAAUUGGAAGCAAGCGCUUGAUAUCUAUGCCUGACAGAGUUACGAAUACCAUCAACAGCGAGGGCUCAGUCUUGAUGCGACCUUCGGUGAUAUCCAUGUUUGAUGGAGAUUGUAUGGGCUCGUUAGAUGAAUGGUGGGUGACAUGGAAGGACUACAUGUUUCAUCGUCAAGUCAAGAUCAUCGACAGAAACAAACCUGGAGUUUCCAAUGAGUUGUUUGUCAUCGAGAUGCUUCAAAAAAUCGCUCACUCUAAAUACCCCGCGAUCACUGAGGAAGAAGAAGCCAUUUCUAUUCCACUACAAGUGAUUGUGCUUGCCGUCUUUGAUGCAAUUUUAAUUCAUAUUCUGAAUUCGCUUGCUCCCACGACCUGGCAGCCAAUCAAACGCUCUCUUUGCCAGGCCUUCAAUCAAAACAAAAGUCUACAGGUGUUAUCCAUACUGAAGAAUACCUACUCGGACGUGGAUGUAUUCUUCAUUCAAGAAGCAGCGGCCGGAUUUGUAGAUGCUGCAAAACAGGUUAUGGGAAGGAAGUACAUGGUGAUGAGGCCCUAUCUUCUUGAUGGAUUUCGAAAUCAGAACAGCAUCAUUCUAGCCUCUCGCGAAUUCUUCGUCGAAGGAAGUACGGAACAUGUUAUUCGCCUUGCCGGGGGAGGGAAAUGGAUCGCUCCAGGCGAUCUCUGUGCAAUGACCAUGAAGGGAGUAGACGGGUUUCGAUAUCUUCUUGCCUCCUUCCAUGGCGACACCAACGGCUUGGCUUCGCUGCCUGUGUUGAAGGCCUUGCACGAAGCAAUCACAACAUCAUAUCCAGAUCAUGUCUUCAUAUGUGGCAUCGACGCCAACACACACAAGCAACACGGGUCCAACUGUCAGGGAGUGAAUCACUUCCAUGACGCCUUCGCCGAGAUGGGGAUGGACUCCUGCUGGGGAGAAACCCCCAGUGUCAAGACUUGGACGACGAGGAACGCAAGGACUUACCUCCAGCCUCAGCUGCAGAAGGCUGUUGGCAUCGCGGAUGCAGCUCGAAAGGGCGAUGUAAACUUGAAAGACUGGUUGAUCUUCUAUGAAAAUCAGUUUGUUUGCGCUGAGCAAGCUCGCGACAACACGGGUGCUCGCAACUUUGAUGAGGAAAUGGUUUUCCCGACGCUUCAAUUUCCCUCCGAUCAUGCGAUCGUAUCUGCUUUACUCACUCGCAAGCCUUCAUGAGCACUUGGUCCAUCUCAACUUAAUGAAUUGCUACAAAUCUGA